GGGGAUACCCUGUAUAAAGUCCAUCCAGGAUAGGCAUUAUUUGCGUUCGCACACUUCUUGACGCUCAAAAAUAUUCCUGAAUAAUAAAAGCAAAAUAUAGAUCGUAAAAAUUCAAAUCUUUCGAGAUACGUUCAAAAAUUAAAUGUUAUUCACCCUUUAAUCUUUUAAUAUCUACUUUUGAAACAAUCACAUAAACAAUACAUCAUUUAGCUAUAAAUCUGCCGGAGUAUUUACCGUGACUUUGAUCCUGUUCCAUCAUUUGAGUGAAGCUCUUUUUUAACACUUUCUCGUUUUCAAUUGGACUAAUUGAUAAUUAAAUACAGUCAACGGUUCUGAUUACCACACUUACAUCGCCGAAUUGAGUGAAUUCGUGAAAUCAAGUGUUGAAACCUAAGGCUGCCAUGAACUUUAUUGCAUUUUUCUUAGUGCUGAACUCACUGCGUCCCGUAGAGAAUGCGAACAUCCUGUUUUUCGCACCUAUUCCUUCAUUCAGUCAUCAGGUGAUUUUUCAACCCAUUUGGAAGGAACUAUCUUUGAGAGGACACAAAGUCACGGCAGUCGCAGUGAAUGUGCUAAACGACAAAACGCUGACCAAUUUGACAGAAAUAGAUUUGGGCAUCAUGUACAAGUACAAGAAGGAUAUACCGAAGGAAUUCAUCCGAUUCAUGUUUCACAAACCGAAUUUUCUAGGGGUGUUCCUAAAGGAUAUGUAUUUAAACGAAGUUCUAUCGGGAGUUCAUAAAAUCGCACUCGAAAUGCCUGAAGUGCAAAAGCUGAUAAAAAGUGAUGUCAAAUUUGAUGCUGUGAUUGUAGAGUGGUUAUUUCCAACAGGGGCAGCCUUCGCAGCAAAAUUUAAAUGUCCACUCAUAGGAAUAUCGUCCUUUGGUGUGCCAAUUCCUGCUCUUGAUGCAAUCGGAAAUCCAGCUCAUCCAAUACUUGCACCUGACCAUACGCUUCCCAUCGUGAGGGAAAUGUCUCUCAGAGAGAGAUUGCUCUCUACCAUGUUCUCUGCAUAUGCGAGGAUAUACUACAAUUUGGUUAUACUUCCUAGGGAAGAUCAAACAGUCAAGAAUGUAUUCGGUCCGGAUAUGCCCUACCUAGGAAAGAUAGAACGGAAUGUGAGUUUGUUGUUGCUGAACAGAAAUCCCAUAUUUCAUAAGAUCAUGCCUAUUCUACCGAACGUGCAAGAAUUCGGAGGUUUGAUAGAUAGAAGAAACGAAAUGAAGAUGAAUAUGGUGAGUAUAAACUGUAAAUGUAUUAUAGAGAUAUAG